AUGGCGGUUGACUUUGGGGACCACGCCAGCGGGUUCCGCCAUACCGAGGUGAUCAGGUUCAUCAACAAUGAAGUCCUCCUGAACGGCGGCGGCCCGGGUUUCUACGUGGCCUUCCGCUCACGGCCCUGGAACGAAGUAGAGGACCGGCUUCGGGCCGUGGUGGCGGACCCGCAGGUGCCGCACGCCAUCAAAAGGGCCUGCGCCUGGAGCGCGCUGGCCCUGAGCGUGCGCGUGGGCGCAAGGCAGGGGGAGCAGCAGGCGCGCCGGGUCCGGAGGCUGCAGGAACAGGUAGAGGAGCGCGAGACCGCUGCCUGGGCCCUGGCCUCCGAGCUGCAGCGGCUGCGUGCGGACCGAGAGGAAGCGGCCACACAGUUGCGCUUCACGCGGACCGCCCUGCAGCAGGCGCUGUCGGAGUGCGAUGUGCUUCGCGGGCGGCUGCAGCAAGUGGAGAGGUCCGCCCAGGUCAACCCGCUGGCCCCUGAAACGCUGCCUGGGCCUCGAGCUGAGCAGUUUGGGACUGCAGCCUGGCCCCUGAAUGCCGAGCAGCAGAGAGAUGUGGUUGCCAUGGGGCUUCCUAGUAGGUUGUAUUUUGAGGCCCAGGUGCCAGCCCCGGCAACUGUUCUUUACAUGCCAGGACCUCCAGGUCCCUGCGCUCAGGCCAUACAACCCCCUGUGCCGAUGCCGGUGCCAUACCCACUUACAUUCCAUGCACCUCUCCCAGUGGGAAUCCCUUUCUUGCCACCUCUGCCACCGACAGUAGUCAUGGAUGCGGAAGCUGCAGUAGUCCCGCUUCAGAUGCCUCCUGUGGGGAUUUAUUCAUCUGGUCCAAAUGCUGCAGUGGGCUCCCCGGAGGAGGUGGCCCCACCAUGGGACCAAAAGAGUUCUAGCCAGGAGGGAGGUCCUGAGACCCUCCAGAAUACAGUUCCUGUGGGGAACAUCGGAAACCUGAGCCAGGAGGGUCUAGAGAGAACUCAGGGGAUGGUCCCCCCUGGAGAUAGCUGGAGCCACAGCCAGGAAGAAGGUCUAGAGAAGGCCCAGGGCUUGGUCCCCCUUAGGGAGAGCUGGAGCCAGGGCCAGAAAGAAGGUCCAGAAAAGGCCCCGGAGGUGGUCCCCUCUGAGGGUAGCUGGAACCAGAGCCAGAAAGAAGGUUCAGAAAAGGCCCAGGAGGUUGUCCCCUCUGAGGGUAGCUGGAACCAGGGCCAGGAAGAAGGUCCAGAAAAGGCCCAAGAGGUGUUCCCCUCUGGGGAUAGCUGGAACCAGAGCCAGAAAGAAGGUCCAGAGAAAGUCCAGGGGAUGGUCCCCUCUGGAGAUAACUGGAGCCAGAGCCAGAAAGAAGGUCCAGAAAAGGCCCAGGAGAUGGUCCCCUCCAGGGAUUGCUGGGGCCAGAGUCAAGAAAAAGAUCUAGAGAGUCCCCAGGGGGUACUCCUUGGGGAUAGUUGGAAACUCAGCCAGGAAGAUCCGGAGAAAUCCCAGGAGGUGGUUACCCUUGGUGCCAGCCAGGAAGAAGAUCGAGAGACUUCCCUGGAGAUGGUAUACCCGGGGGCCAGUGAGAGCCACAGCCAGGAAGAGAGUCCAGAAAGACCCCAAGGGAUGGCCCCCUUUCGUGCCACCAGGGACAAUGGUAAGGAAGAAGAUUCAAGAGGGCCCCAGGAGAUGGUACCCCUGGGGGCCAGUGGGAGCCAUAGCCAGGAAGAUCUAGAGAGGCCUCAGGAGGUGGUACCUCUGGGGGCCUGUGGGAGCCAUAGCCAGGAAGAAGAUCUAGAGAGGCCUCAGGAGGUGGUACCUCUGGGGGCCAGCGGGAGCCACAGCCAGGACGAAGGUCUAAAAAAACCCCAAGUGAUGGCCCCCCUUGGUGCCAGUAAGAGCAACAGCCAGGAAGAAGAUCCAGAGGGGCCUCAGGAGGUGGUACCCCUGGGGGCCAGUGGGAGCCAUAGCCAGGAAGAAGAUCCAAAAAUCCCCCAAGGGAUGGCCCCCUUUGGUGCCAGUAGGAACAAGAGCCAGGAAGAAGAUCCAGAGGGGCCUCAGGAGAUGGCAUCCCUGGGAGCCAGUGGGAACCACAGCAAGGAAGAACAUCCAGAAAGAUCCCAAGGGAUGGCCUCUUUGGGGGACAACAGUAGCCAAAGCCAGGAAGAAGACCUAGAGAGGCCCCAGGAUAUCUCCCUAGGGGAUGGCUGGAGUGAAGGUGUGAGGGAAAGCCCAAAGAAACAGCAGCCUCAGGGGCAGAAGGCCAAGCAACCCAAAGGGAAAAAAGCUUUGGAUUUCCAGCACCAGGAGAAGUCUGUCUCAGGAUGCAGUCCAGUGAAUUGGGACUGCCCGUGGUGUAAGGCCAUGAAUUUUUCAUGGCGUAAGGCCUGCUAUAAAUGCAAGAAAGUCUGUGUGGCAGGUGAGAGUAGAGGCCUGGACCCAGGACAAAUUCACUGAUUUCAAGAAGUUUUAUAGGUGAGGGCCUGUUUUUGUGCCUCUGAGCCUGCGGAACUUGUUUGUUGUUGAAGAAGCCGAACCCAUCCCAUUAGAAGAUCUCCCAGGAGUCUAAAGAAAUCACACCUUGAUUCCAGCUGACCCACACCUCACUGAGACCCCCAUUGGCUGUAACUGAGAAGAAUGAGAGGAAGUCAGGGAAGAAGAGAUGCUCUGGCACUCAUUAGGGGGGAAAGGACAGCAAAACAAUUUUGUUAGAGUAUAAUUUCUCUGUUAGGAUUAAUUUGAAAGAGUUGAAGGGGGUAUU